CAGAGACACACGGGAGCAGGCUAAUUAAGCUCAAGUGGAGACUUGCGACUGGUCAGGACGCACAGACCCCAUCCUGUUCUCUGACAAAAAACAUAUUCCUGUCAAUUCAUUGGACACUUUACAUGUCACCUUUUCUUCCCAUGCAUUUUCUCAAACAUUUUUCUCCAAGGCACUGAGAGCCAAACUAAGUGUGUGGGAUAUUUGUUUUUCUCCCCUGCUUUGGUCAUUUCUGGUUGUCAGAGUCUACACAGGAGAAGACAAACAGCUCUCUUCGCCUCUAUCUCUGACGCGGGUCAUCAGAAGGAAAAAGUCAAGUGGAUAAGACUGGUGUUUUCGUCCAGUCACAUGUAGAAGCGUUGGACUAUUGCAAUAGACAUUCAUUACUGGGUCGUUUUUUUACACCGAUUUCCCCGCAACGGCAACAUAAAGGAGGAAUACCAAGGCAUUUGGCUGCAAAAACAAGCAGAAAAUCAAUCAGAACUCCAUCAUGGGCUGCCCCCUCUUGCGGAACGCGUUUGCUGGCUUGAUCCUGGUGCUGCUGUCGAAAGCGUCCAGUGUGCACGGAGCAGAAUUCGGACACCUGCCGGACAACAUUACAGUGUUGGAAGGAGAAAGCGUCACUUUGAGAUGUCGGAUCGACGAGGAGGUGACCCACAAGGCCUGGCUGAACCGCUCCAACAUCCUGUUCACAGGGACAGACAAGUGGUCACUGGACAAGCGCGUGACGCUGGCCAACAGCAACAACAGUGACUUCUCCAUCCACAUCGACAACGUGCAAAUAUCCGACGAGGGGCCUUAUACAUGCACCUUCCAGGCCAACAACAAGCCCCGCAUCGCCCAUGUCUACCUCAUCGUCCAAGUGCCCGCCAGAAUCGUCAACAUCUCGAAAAACGUGUCUGUGAACGAGGGAGAGAAUGUAAACCUCUUCUGUCUGGCGGUGGGUCGGCCUGAGCCCACCGUCACCUGGAAAGACCAGAAAUAUGGGCUGGUGAGUGACGGGGAGUUCCUGGACAUCACAGAGAUCAAGAGGGAGCAGGCCGAGGACUACGAAUGCAUCACCAACAAUGGAGUGUCUCCACCCGAUCAGCGCAAGGUCAAGGUCACGGUCAACUACCCUCCCAUGAUCACAGACAUGAAAAACAUGCCAGUUCAUUUGGGUAAAACGACCAUCUUGCGCUGCGAAGCCAUGGCAGUCCCACCAGCCGCCUUCGAGUGGUACAGAGACGACCACAGGCCGCUAGAGAGUGACAACACCUUGAGGAUCAAAAACGAGAAGACGCGCUCGCUGUUGCUGUUCACCAAUGUGACAGAGAAACACUUUGGCAACUACACCUGCUUUGCCUCGAACCGUCUUGGGGCCUCCAACGCCAGCAUGCUGCUUUUUCGACCGGGGGCCAUUAAGGGGCGAGGAGUCGGUCUACAUGCAGGGAUGAGUGUCGGCGUGUCUGUUUGGCUUUCCCUCUCUGCUGUUCUUCUGCUGAAGGUGUAAAGAUGGAGCUCCACCUGGAAGUGUCCCUAAAUGUCCCUUAAAGCCCCCUUCCCCCUCUUCCUCCCUCUCUCCCCCUCUACGGAUGGAAGAAGGAAAUGAAAUUCUUUAAUUACGAACCCAUCACUGUGAACAAAAAGAAUAUGCAUUAUUCCAGGAGCCAUUGAAUCAUUGCAUCAAACACAACCCCAUUAAGCUCCCGCCCCCCCAACACCCCCCACACCCUCAAUUCAAUUUCGAGGUCAAACCACUGUAAUCAUAUCUUCCUCUCUUUCUCACACACAGUCUGUCUCUCUCUUUGUGUCUCCCAGAAUGCCUUGCAGAUUUGUCUGACUUGGUACUCCCCUCCUUACCGAGCUUUCCCUUCAUUAUUACCACUGGGCUGAUGUUAAUAGAGAGUGUAUAUUAACGAUUAUUGUGUCUGUGAUCAAUGAGAAAAUAGAUAAUCUAACAACUGGACGAUCAUUGAUGUAAUAUACUACAUAGACUAAUGACUGACCUACAAUGUUUGCCUUAUGGGAACGGUACAUAACAUCUCAAUACUAUGGUGGAUAUUUAUGGAAAUUAUAGUUAUAAUGUGGUACUGACGGUCAUGUGACCUUUUGAAAAAUUGUCCAGUUGGUGGCUAUGUGAAGUGUCACCCUGUGAUUACACACACACACACACACACACACGUAUGGCUUUUUACUUUUAACUGUGUAGCAGUGAAGCUGCUAUGAAUGAUGUCAAAUGUAUUUAAAAAAAAAGGGUGGGUGGUGAAGGUGUCAGUCUUAACUUCCCCUUUAUGUAAUUCGGGGGGUUUAUACCAAGGUUUCGCAUGUAGACCCCCUUACUACCCAAACCUUUUUAGACCCGUUACCCCCCGCCCCUCUGUUCAACGUGCUCUGUCUAGUCCCCCAAUGCAUCGCUAUAGUGUUUCCUGCUCUGUGUCACCCCCUUCCUCCCCCAGUCUCCCUCCCCAGUGUAAAUAAUAUGCAGUACAGAGGCCACGCCGGCGACCUCAAGUUGCCUGGCGCCGAACGACAUCUCCCAUCAGCCUCGACUACGCUCCAGUUUUCUGAAGCAGCAAGAGACUGUCAAGUGACAACUAUAUCUUCUGUUUCAAAGCUGCGACUCCAUCCUCUUUGUCGCUUGUUGAUAGCAUGUACCGGUUAGAGAUGUUCCUGUUGUGACUCCAUUCACUCCCUCCCUCCCUGCACUGUGUCCGUUUACUCUGCAAGGUUACCUGCUUUUACUUUGUUGGUGUUAAUAAUAGUACAGAUGAUGAUGAUGUUAAUAAGUAUUUCAAUAACUAUGAAUAGUAAUUCCAUGUGAGAAAAAAAAAGAACAAAAUCUGAUGGUAAUGAGCCGUGCGUGGGAAACAUAAUUUUUGUACUUACUCUGAGAAAUCACACACAUUGAACGACUACAAGAAAAAAAAAAAAAAAAAAAGACAUGUAACGUUUUUGAAGUGAUGUGCUCUAUUUUGCCAUGACAAGCUUUUUAAAAACGCAUUUGAAACAGUCUGAAGGAUUAUUUCAUCAAGUCCAGAAGCAGUGAAUGACGAUGUAAUUUAUAAUUUGUAACAGUUUAUGUAUUGGACUCUUUUUUGUCAUGCUGUUAACUGCAUCACCCACACACACACCUACUGCAUAUUUGUCCACUUAUCAUAGUUUGUCUCUCUCCGACCAGCUAGAUAAAUGAUUUGGAUCCAUGUCAGGCUCUGGUCGUGGCUGUACUGUAAGUCGGUUCUUGUUUGGCCAGACUGCAGGGAGAUAAAGAUGUAAUUAGCCAUUACCUGUGGCUGGCUAAGUGAAGGAGCCUGGGCUCCACCUGUCCCUCCUGCCAGCCAGUGAUGGCCCCCAUAAAUCAAGCUCAAUCCUGCCACUGACAGGAAUCCUCUUCAAGGACAAGCUCGCCGUGGUGCGCCGGUCCUCCCUUCAGUGUGUACCUGUGACAUGCAGACAUGGGCACUACAAACCCUCCAUGGCACAAUUAUCCAUCCACUGCCCCCGCACAGCACAAACAGUGGGAGGUAAGCCCAUAUUUCAAUACUGUGGCACUCGACUCUCCACUGAAACACUGUUCCACUCACAUGCAGCGACUAUAUGCAAAUAUGCCAUAACGAGCCUGCACGGAGAGACGAGUUUCCCCCGGCUGAACCCUGCAACCUUAAAGGGAAAUUACUCUGUAUUGAAUCAAUUGUCUGAAUGUGUUUUGUUUGAUUUUGUUUCAAACCAGCAAUAACCCCUAACUCUACUGUGCAAGAGGUAUCAGAUAUGGGUAAAGUUGUGGUGUAAUAUCUGAAAAAAAAUCACAUUAACAAGGUAUAUCAAAUAGAUCUAUUGUUGUACUUUUACUGUGUACAGUACUCGGAAAUGAUUGUGAAGCUCUGUUUAAAUGGCCCUUAAUCUAAAACAAUACAUGUUGUACUCAAAAAAGUCUUGCCCUCUGCGAUGUAUUCGGGUUGUCUCUGUGACAGAACACACUGUUUGUGCAUGCAUCUUGUUGCUCCAAAAAUAAUGAUGGAUUCCAUUUCAAGCACAAGAGCAGGUUGUUUGGUCAAUGCUUCUUUUUCUCAGUCACUUUUUUAGCCUCAAUAUCUCGGCCAUUGAUGCUGUUUGUUUUUUCUUUGGUUUUCCGCUCAAAUAUUCUAUACUGUUCCAUGUCAGCAUCCCACUGGGUCUGUCGGUGGCAUAUAACAUCUCUAUGUACAUAAUCUGUCCUUGAUGAAGAAAAAUAACAAAAAAUUGAAGAAAAUGUCAAAAUGAAAAAAAAAACACGGACAAAAAAACAAACAUUCUGUCAUGUUUCUCCAUGUGGGUUUGAAAAAAGCACGUCAAUGUUCGUGUAUGGGUGGAUUUAAAAAAAAAAAGAAACAAGCAAACAUUGUAUGUUGUGUUCAGGCUCAUGGUUGAAUGGUCCAGACGGAUGGUGAUACAAGCAAUAUGACUUGAAAUUGAGGAGUGAUUACAAACAGAAUGUGGGCAUUUGUACACACAAACAGCAAAAGAACAUGUUUUCAUGAGUCAUGGUGUAUGUAGAUGAAUCACGCUGGUGAGGAGGACUGGAGAGAGUGUAGACAAGGAGGCAGCCGAUCCCCUGGGUGCUCAAUUUGAGAGUAGAAGAGGAUGCUGUUGAGAAAGCACCCUGCACAACGGGCCUGUGGGAGGAUACCCUGACAAUACAACAAAAGCUGAGAGCCAUGGGGGAGAUGGGAUGACUGUGAACCCUCUAGUUAGAGAAGGGAGACAGGCAGGCGCUCAUAUUGCAUUUCCAAACUUGGGCACUGCGGUCCCUCCAAGGGGAUGGUGUACCACACACUAUUUAUGGUUGCGCUAUGUAAUGAAUAGCAUUAGCAUAGCCUUGAUCGCAAAACCAGUCUGGCCUACUUCAAGUGUAUAAAUAAUAACCCAACUGGGGUUCAAUGAGUUUACGGUGAUAUAAACAAGACGUUUGCUCGGCCCCUAAUUACAUUCGGCGCGCCCUGAUGAGAAAGUGUUGAUUGGCUUCUGCAGCUGAAGGUUAUGAUCUGUUUACUUUGUUAAUAAGGUGCCACGAGGCUGUUGUUUAGAGCUUGCGAAACUAGCACAUAGUGCCACUUUAACACGUAUAGCAUUGUGUGGCAGCCAUACUGUUGUUCAUGCGGAGAUUUAUUUAAUGGGUUUACAUGGGUGGAAAAGGAGUGGAAUUUAUUAGUUGUUAUUGAAUGGCACUUUUUGUUUUUCUUAACAAACCAGGGCAGUGUUAGGAGAUGGAUUUUUAUUUAACAGAGUUAGUCAAAUACUAUGAAAUACAUUGAACAGUUUGAAAGCACCGAGCCUUUUCUCAACACAUAAAUUAGCAAGAAGCAAAGCCCGGAGAAGGUAUCAAUGUACUGCUUUCUCCAUUUAGUAUGUGGCAGGCUCAUGCUGUAGCUUUUCCCACAACACCCUCCCAGAACAGAUCCCGGACCGACUUUCAAUUCUGAAUGCAAUGGUUAAUCAAUACAUUCGACCAAAUGGCUUUGGAAUAGAGCAAUUUCUCCCCGGCUUGCUUUACCAGGUCCCCAGAAGCUGAAUUGAUCAAGUGUCUAUAGACCAGCCUUAGAACAGAGAGCAUAAUUCAUCAUGCCUGAUACAAGACACUCCUAAUUGCGCAUCGAUUUCAAACCCUGCUCUGAAACUAUUUGGGCAAGCUGUAAUGUCAGCUCAGUAAACUAUAUGUGUUCAGAUCCAGGGAAUGAAGAAUUAAUCAUUUGUUUUCUAUUCAAGUCAAUCCAGGCUGGUAUUUUUUGUCUUUUCGCUACAUAAUAUCGUGUUAACCGAACAUGGUCCCUGAUGGGCUGUCACACUCUGUGCAAUUUAGUGUGUCCUGUAAGGUAACAUUUCAGUUUAUGACAGAGAUUUGCUUGCAUUUCAGUCAGCAUUCUGUAUCAAGAGGCUGGUUUGUUGUUAUAAAGAAGUUGCCUCAGCGCAAUAUACAAUAGAAAGAAAUUAUGAUGUAUAUGUAACAGAUUAUAAUUUUGUGACAAAUGGCAAAAUGUUUCAGCACCAGAGUCAGUAUACAAAUAAGCUAUAUACACAGUGAUAAUUAUAUAUGAUGAUUAUCGUUGCUCUAAAUCCCCUGCUCACGUCCCUUACAGCAAAGCACGCCUAAUUCCCAUAUAUUAUCCUAAUUAUCCAUUGUUUACCAACUAUCUACAGGCUCAUUCGGGUCUCAUGGGCAAAGUCCAUGUUGCAUGUCUAUUAGGGCCCAGUACUUUUCCAUUACCCCAGCCAAUGAGUGCAUUAGUAUACAGCAAGCUAGACAGGAUUGUGACGCGGAUAGUCUCCACAACAGUGAGCACGAGCACACGUCAGGUUCAGAUUUGUUAAUUAAAGUCGCAUGACAGUUGCAGGAUGUAGGUUUAGAUCAA